AUGUCCGUUGCCAACGCAGAGAACUCAGACGGCAGCCGAAGAUACCAUCUCGACGUUGCGCUCAAGACCUUUGUGACCAAGAUCCGCUUCGACAGGAGCAAAAAAGGCACACCGAGAGCUAUCGGGGUCGACUUCUUGCAGGGCCAAAGCUUGUAUGCCGCCGAUUCUCGUUACGAUGGUGGGAAGCCUGCUAGGAAAGGUGCUGUUAAUGCGGCAAAGGAGGUUAUCAUCUCUGGCGGCACCUUCGAGACGCCGAAAUCGCUGAAGUUGUCUGGCAUUGGUCCAGCCAAGGAGCUGCGGAGUCACGGUAUCAAGGUCGUAAAAGACCUACCUGGUGUCGGGACGAACCUGCAGGACAGGUACGAAGUCGGCGUAGUCGCAGACAACCCAACCGACUUCUUCAUCACGAAGGAUUGCACUUUUGGUUACCAAACGCCCGAUCCCUGCCUUGAGAAAUGGCAGAAUGGCUUGACGGUAUUGGAGAAAGGCACUUAUGCGACAAACGGCAUUGCCAUCGCCAUCACGAAAAAGUCUUCCACCGCUGGCUCAGACGAGUCUUCAGAUGAUCCAGAUCUCCUGAUCUCUGGAGCACCGGCCUACUUCAAAGGAUACUUCCCAGGCUACUCCUAUGACGCCUUGAAGGACGCGAAGCAUUGGACCUGGAUCAUACUCAAGGCUCGCUCCCGCAACACUGCUGGGAAGGUCACGCUAGCUUCCACGGACCCUCGCCAACGGCCUUCCAUCGAGUUCAACAGCUUUGGCGAUCCGAGCGCAUCGCCGCAAGUCGGCGAUAGUGAUGAUCUGCAAGCGAUCUACGAGGCUGUUCAGUUGUCCCGAAAGAUGUACGACGUCCAGGUUCCCUUGGAUGGCAAAUUCUCCGAAGUGUGGCCCGGCACCAACGUAUCGACCGAAGCGGAGGUCAAACAGUUCAUCAAAGACGAGGCAUGGGGCCACCACGCCUCGUGUACCUGCUCGAUUGGCGCAGACGACGAUCCGAUGGCCGUGCUGGACAGUAACUUCAAAGUACGAGGAGUAGAAGGGCUCAGAGUGGUCGAUGCCAGCGUGUUCCCAAAGAUUCCUGGCUACUAUAUUGCUGUGCCGAUCUACAUGAUCAGUGAGAAAGCGGCAGAAGUCAUCAUCAAUGGGUCUUGA